AUGGAAAAUGAAUUCAGUUUUAGACACUUUGAGUUUGAUGAGCUGAGGGGUAACCAAGUGUAUCUGUGCAAUAGUUGGGAAUGUGGCACUGAGAUGUAUUUUGUCAUUUCUUCUACUUCUCUCAGUUUCAUUAGUCCAGGGCCACUGAUACUAACCAUUUCUAUAGAUAAACUAGGGCAUUUCCAUGGACACUGCCUUCUAGAAUGGAUGUCAGCUAUUCUCUCCAACCUCACAUACCUCAGAGUUGAGAGUGAGGUCCAUGAUGAUCCAGUGACAGAAGAAAAAGGUCACAAUGCUAUUGUCAAGGUUAGAUGCUGUUUCUACAGGUCACCAACUGCGGAAACAAUGACAUGGUCUGAAAAUAUGGACACACUUUUAGCCAACCAAGCUGGUCUAGAUGCUUUUCGAACAUUUCUAAAAUCAGAGUUCAGUGAAGAAAAUGUUGAGUUCUGGCUUGCCUGCGAAGACUUUAAGAAAACGAAAAAUGCAGAAAAAAUUGCUUCCAAAGCCAAGAUGAUUUAUUCUGAAUUCAUUGAAGCUGAUGCACCUAAAGAGAUUAACAUUGACUUCAGUACCAGAGACCUCAUCUCAAAGAAUAUUGCUGAACCAACACUCAAAUGCUUUGAUGAGGCUCAGAAAUUAAUCUAUUGUCUCAUGGCCAAGGAUUCUUUCCCUCGAUUUCUAAAGUCAGAGAUUUAUAAAAAAUUGGUAAAUAGCCAACAGGUUCCAAAUCAUAAAAAAUGGCUCCCUUUUUUGUGA